AUGGCGGCGAGAGACCUCCAUCGCCCGCGCCCGCGCCUCCUCCACUCCACUACCUCCACCCUCCUUCGCGCACGACCACUCCCGCUCGGUCGCAACACCGCGCCGAACAACCUCUCCUCUCUCUUCCGGCGAUGCCAGAGUCAGUUUGAGCCCUUGAAACCCCCGUCGCCCUCAUCCCUCGGCCGACCCACCGCCGCCAAAUCGUAUCGUCGCAGCCGCAAAUGGCUCCGCCGUCUCUUCCGCUCCUCCCUCGCCGCCGCACUCGUCCUUACCCUCGAUGUCUACUUCUACGAUCAGAGCCUGACGCGCUCGCUCCGCACCUUCUACACCGGGUUGGUUGUGGCGCUGGACUACAAGUUGAACUUUCGCCCCGAUCCGUGGAUUGGCGACAGCGUGGCCGACCUGCAUUCGAGGAGCGCGCGGCGUGUCUUCAAUCUAUUGCGCGAAAAUGGCGGGCUAUAUCUCAAGAUCGGGCAGGCCAUCGCCAUGCAGAGCGCCAUCCUCCCGCCCGAGUUCCAGAAGAUGUUCGCGCGGAUGUUCGACGAUGCGCCGCAGAACGAUUGGAGCGCCGUGGAGAAGGUGAUCCGGGAGGACUUCGGGAAGAGCGUGGAAGAGGUGUUCGGCGUCUCCUUCGCGGGCGAUGCGUCCAAGGGCGUCAUGGAGCGGACGGCGCGGGCGAGUGCGAGUGUGGCACAGGUGCAUUGGGCGCGACUGCAGGAUGGGCGCGAGGUGGCGGUCAAGAUCCAGAAGAAGGAGAUCGCGCGGCAAGUCGGCUGGGAUCUGUGGGCGUUCAAGGUCGUCACCAAAAUCUACACCCUGUGGUUCGACCUGCCGCUGUACCAUCUCGUGCCGUACAUCGCGGAGCGCCUGAUGCUGGAGACGGACUUUCAGAACGAAGCGCGCAACGCGGAGCAGAUGCGGCGGCUGGUGCAGGGGGAGAAGCGGCUGCGCGAUCGCGUCUAUAUCCCCGAGGUCUAUCACGACUUGAGCAGCAAGCGCGUGAUGACGGCGGAGUGGAUCGAAGGCAUCCGGCUGUGGGACAAGGAGGGCAUCACGAACUCCUGGCAAGGCGGAUGGCGCAGGGGCUCACCCGGAGCGGGCGGCGCACCGCUCGAUGCACCAGCAAAGGCAGUCGUGGAGAGGAUACCGCAGCACGACCCCAAUCAGGAGCAUCUCAAGCCCGUGCGUGAUGCCUGGCGUGGGCCCGACCAGAACGGCGGGCUCGGCCUGAGUCUGAAGACGUGCAUGCAGACCAUGGUCGACCUGUUCUCCGCGCAGAUGUUCCUGUGGGGUUUGGUCCAUUGCGAUCCGCAUCCUGGCAACAUCUUUAUCCGUCGGCUGCCUGGUGGAAAGCCCGAGCUGGUGCUCAUCGAUCACGGGCUGUACAUCUCCAUGGACCCGAAAUUCCGCAAAGACUACGCCCUCUUCUGGCGCAGUUUGAUGACGUUCGACAACGACACCAUCGCCCAUAUCACACGGGACGAAUGGGGGAUCAAUGCGCCCGACAUCUUCGCCUCCGCCACGCUCAUGCGCCCCUACGAAGGCGGCGACGGCAAGACGUUGGCCGAGAUCAAAAGCAUGAGCAAGAAGGAGCAGCGGCAGCAGCAGUUCGAGAUGCAGCAGAAGAUGCGGAAGGGCAUUCGCGACAUCCUCGCCAAUCAGGAGAAGUUCCCGCAGGAGCUCAUCUUCAUCGGCCGCAACCUGCGCAUCGUGCAGGGCAACAACCAGUUCCUCGGCUCGCCGGUGAACCGCGUCAAAAUCACGGGGUACUGGGCGUCGCGAGCGCUGUCCGAGGCGAAGGACCUGGGCUGGAAGGAGCAGUGGCGGCAGUAUGGGAGGCAUCUGCUCUUCCGAUUCGUGCUGCUGAGUACCGAUGUCGUCUUUUACUGGAGCAAACUCAAGCAGGCCAUCGGCCUCGGGAAGGGCAUGGACGAUGACUUGGAGGAGAGUAUGAAGAAGAUGGCCGGCCAGAUGGGCGUAGAGCUGCAGCACGGUAAGUCACGGCGUGCGAAGUAUGAAUACGAGAACGAUGGGCUGACUGUGUGCAUCUACAGGCGUCUUCGACGGAUGAACACUUCCCCCACUCCUGUGCCAACGUUGAUAGAAAUACACGAAGACUCUAGACUCUAUAUCAAUCAAGCAUGUGACGAACAGACGUGGGUCCAAGAACAGAUCAGUUGCGUUUCUUCCCCUUUUCAAGCUUCCGCUCUUGCCUCCAGACCCAGACGUAGAUGA